AUGCUAGCUGAGAGAUGGGUCGAGAAUGUCUUCGAGGUCCAGCGCAUCUCAGACAGGAUUCUCCUGUUGAGACUUGGCAUUGGCAAGUCCAUUUUCACCUUCCUCUCCAUCUAUGCACCUCAGACCGGUCUUCCAGAAGCAGAGAAAGAGCGCUUCUACGACCAGUUGCAGUGCACCGUGGCCAAAAUCCCUACCUCAGAAAUCCUACUACCUAUCGGGGACUGGAAUGGUCAUGUAGGUGAGGACGCUCGGGGGUUUGAGGCGGUCCAUGGAGGUCAUGGCUUUGGUGAUCGUAACACAGAGGGGGAAAGAAUACUGGAAUUUGCCUUGGCAAAUGACCUGCUCGUCGGCAAUACCUUGUUUACCAAGAGGGAAUCCCACCUUGUUACCUAUACUUCUGGAAACCACAGGACUCAGAUUGACUAUGUCUUGUUCCGCCGGAGCUUCAGAAAGGCUGUCACAAACGUAAAAGUCAUCCCGGGUGAGGAGUGCGCUCGGCAACACCAGCUACUAGUCUGUGACUUCGUGGUGUGUGCCCCUGUAGUCCACAAGCGUAAGUUCACACCCCGGCUGCGUACCUGGAAGCUGCGGGACCCCGCUGUUGCCAGUGAGUACCAUGAGACUUUUGUGUCAAUGGCUCAGACAACCAGUGAUUCUGGGCUGCAUGUGGAAGAGGCUUGGUCAAGGCUGAAGACCCCGCUUGUGGAAGCAGCUGCCAAAGUGUGUGGUUAUAGCAAGAACCAUCAGUGGAAACCAGAGACCUGGUGGUGGGAUGACUGUGUUGACGAGGCUGUUUGCGAGAAAAGGGCAAGGUUCAAGGUCUACAAAUCCCUCAUGAGACAGGGUAAAACUGCGGAGGCGAAAGUCGCAAAAGUUGCCUACAACAUAGCUAAGCGUCACGCUAAGCAUGCCGUUUGGAUGGCUAAAUCUGCAGCUGAGAAAGAGACUUUUAGUGUCAUCGAUCCUCAGGGUGUGGAUGUAUACCGCGUCUCCAAGCAGAUGGAGCGUGCGAACCAGGAUGUUGUAGGGGAGAUGUGUGUUCGCAAUGACGCAGGUGAACUCUCGCUCAACGAUGAGGACAAGAUGAAGGCUUGGGUCGAGCACUACAGCAGACUCCUGAAUGUGGAAUUUGAGUGGCCGAAGGAUGAACUCCCAGUGGCAGCCCCUGUAGUAGGGCCUCCCCCGCCAGUUACCACUGAGAUGAUCAGCUCUGCACUCAGCAAGAUGAGGUGUGGAAAGGCUGUGGGCCCCUCUGGAAUCAACGCUGAGAUGCUAAAGGCUGCUGGUGAGGAGGGUGUUGAGUUGACCAGGCAGCUAGCAGAGACCGUCUUCAGUAGUGGAACUGUGCCCAGUGAGUGGGAGAUGAGCUAUAUCAUCAACCUCUACAAGGGAAAAGGCGAGGCUCUAGACCGAGGUAACUACAGGGGAUUGAAGCUCACUGACCAUGUCAUGAAGCUGCUGGAACGUGUAUUGGACUCAGCCAUACGUAAGAUGGUGAACAUUGAUGAUCUGCAGUUUGCCUUUGUUCCUGGCAAAGGUACUACCGAUGCCAUCUUCAUCGUGCGGCAGUUGCAAGAGAAGUUCAUCAACGCGAAGAAGCCUCUGUAUUUUGCCUUCGUUGAUCUGGAGAAGGCUUUCGACCGUGUUCCCAGAGAGGUGCUGUGGUGGGCACUGAGAAGCCUUGGUGUUGAGGAGUGGGCAGUGAAGGUGAUCCAGGCCAUGUACACCAAUGCCAGGAGCCGUGUGCGGGUGAACGGACAGUACAGCGAGGAGUUUGGAGUUGGAGUGGGUGUCCAUCAGGGAUCUGUCCUUAGCCCCCUGCUUUUCAUCCUUGUUCUGGAAGCUCUGUCCCGUGAAUUCCGCACUGGUCUGCCCUGGGAGCUCCUCUACGCCGAUGAUCUAGUAGUCAUCGCAGACUCCCUGGAGGAAUGCAUCGCUAGGUUGAAGGCCUGGAAGCUGAACAUGGAAAGUAAGGGUCUCCGGGUUAACAUGAAGAAGACUAAGAUCAUGAUUUCAGGUCAAGGUCUGAACAUACUGAGGGACACUGGCUCCUUCCCGUGUGCUGUGUGCCGUUCAGGUGUUGGUGUGAACUCCAUCCUCUGCACUGAAUGUGACUUCUGGGUGCACAAGAAGUGUUGCGGCAUUAGAGGUAGUCUGUCUGCUGUGCGGAACUACAUAUGCCCAAGGUGUCGUGGUGAGGCAAGACCACUGGAUGCUCGCCCUGUAACACAAGUCACAGUGGAUGAGGUGGUGCUGGAUGUGGAACCCAGCUUCUGUUACCUUGGGGACAUGCUCUGUGCGGGUGGUGGUUGUGAGCUAGCUGCCACCACCAGAUGCUGCGUCGCCUGGGGAAAGUUCAAGAAGCUGCUGCCGAUCCUAACCUCCAGGCACCUUUCCCUCAAAACCCGUGGCAAGGUGUUCAGCUCCUGUGUACGAUCAGCCAUGCUGCAUGGGAGUGAGACAUGGGCCCCUACUGCUCCAGAACUCCAACGGUUGCGCCGCAAUGACAGAUCCAUGGUCAGAUGGAUCUGUGGUGUUAAACCUCAGGACAUGACACCUUCUGCAACCUUGCUUGCUAAGCUUGGCCUGGAAGACAUCAAGUCUGUUGUGCAGUCACGCCGCCUCCGAUGGUACGGGCACGUUAAGCGUGCCAGUGGCUGCAUCAACACCAUCGUGGACUUCAAGUUGCCAGGCAGCAGAGGCCGCGGCAGGCCGAGAAAAACCUGGGUGGAGUGUCUCCAGAGGGAUAUUAAGGAGUGUGGGUACUGGAACAGCCAUGCACAGAACACCACACUACAGCUCUACUGA